AUGAGCAUUGAAGACUUCACCAUGUACGGAGGGGCGUUUGGAAACAAACAGGACAGUGUGUUUCCAAAUCUAGAGAGUGCUCUUCGGUCCUCCUCUUCUCCGCUGGUGCUGCCCGCUGUCUCGUGGCCGGCCUCAAAUGCAGUGAUCGCUCAAAUUCAAGAUCAUCUAGAAACCUCUCCUCUCUAUAUGGACCCAGAAACCCUGAGCCAACUGAGACUCAACGCCUCCUCUCCUGCUCUGCUCGUCUUCAGGCUACCCUACGGCAACGGAUAG